AUGCGUCGACACAUCAACGCCUCAUGGGACAUCAACGCAAAGCUCGCACAAUUAUUCGACAAGCCCAUCGCCUUCCGUGCCAAGCUUGCCCAAUGCAAUGCCUUGAUCGCAGGAAGCUUCGCGCUGCAGUUCUUCGAGCGUGUGCACUGGGCUGAAUCGGACCUGGACAUCGAAGUACAAGUCGGUGCCAAUCUGGACGCGAUGCAUGACUUCUUAAUCAACGAAGCGGGAUAUCAGUUUUCUCUCAACAAUAAGGAGAGGGGUUCGCUGGCUAAACCCCAGGAUACUGCACGACCGGUCACUGAGUAUGUAUAUACCGGUACUGGCGGGAAAUAUGGCACGAGAGACGUAGUGGAGUGCCGCACGUACUACCAAGAGCGUGGAACCACCAUCGUCAAAGCCCAGCUCAUCGCCACGAAAGACAUCCCCGUGCAGGGUAUUCUGCGCUGCUACUACACGACCUGCAUCGUCAACUUCAUCACCUGGAACAAGGCCUAUUCCCUGUUCCCGAUCGCCACCUUCGUGGACCACGAGACCAUCCCCCUGAAGCGCCUGAACAACCAAGAGAAGCGCUACCACGAGAAGUAUCGGCCUAGGGGCUGGACGAUGAAGGCCAGCCCCCCACAGGUGCUCGAGACUGGGUUCGUUACCACGGUCAGAGCUUCGUCUGGCCAGCGGCGUGUUGGGGACAGGCAUACAUGGGCGAUCCCGCUGGAUACGGCGGGGGUCACGCCGGCACCGACGCCUGACUACGUUAUCGAGAGCAGUUGCUUCGAAGUAUACACUACAACGACAUCCCGCCGAAGCUCUUCCAAGAUAAACGCAGACAUCUUUGCUUCGCCUGGUCUCCAGUACAUGUAA